AUGGUAGCAUGUGCUCUUCCAAGUUAUUAUAUUAGACUACAUGAUUCUAAUGAAAUGUUGGCUAGACACGAUGAAAGUGUAAUAGCUUCUGACUUUUAUUCUCCUAUAAUAAUAGAACUUAAAAUUAUGGCAGAUGGAAGUAUAUCGCUUAUAGAUAAAAUAAAAAAUCUAAAAAUUUCUGUUGAAAAAGAUAAUAUUGUAUUAAAAAAAAAUGCAGAAGAUUUUGAAACAUCUUUGAGUCUUGUGUACAAUGGCGACUCAAAUUUUUAUAUUAUGAAAGAUGAUAAGUGUUUAGAAGCACUUUCGUCUAUUUUAUCACUCGAAAUAACAGAUCUAAGAUUUAAUGAAUGUAAAAAAACCAAAAAACAACUUUGGGAGAUUUUAUAUUUAGCAGAUAGAAAAAUAAAAAAUGAAGCAUAUUUUUUUCCUCGCCACACAAAAAAGCAUCAUUACAAAUCUUCACAUUUAAACAAUAAGAAUGGAUUUUUCAGAAGCACAGUUGAUAAUCGGCUAAUUACUAAACACGGAGAUAAGAUUAAGAUAUCAGAAAAAUAUGAAUCAGUUGAAUUUUAA